AUAUGCAAAGCUAAACCGAUAAAGUUCCUCCCUCUCUCCGCUCCACCAUAGCCAGAGCGCGAGCCACUGUUAGCACUCGAGUUAAAAAAAAAAAAAAAACGAAAUUCGAGAUUUUGAUUCGGACCCUGAUGAUACUGGGCCGGAGAAAUUAGUGAUAAAGUUUUGGGCUUUAAUCGGGAAAAAUGGACGUCCUCGCCUUAUCCUCUUCCGCAUCAGCCGCCGUCUCUAUCGCCGGAAGCUUCCCGUCGUUCCGUUACAGUGUUGGAUUGAGAAGGAAAGGGGAAAACGCGGCAGCUAAGCAGAAGAAGUUUGUGGUUUGUGCGUCGAAGAGGGAAGAGCCGAAGCUGAACGAAUGGGAUCAAAUGGAGCUCAAGUUCGGCCGCUUACUCGGAGAAGACCCCAAACUGACUUUAGCCAAGAUAGUGGCUAGGAAAGUGAAUCCGGAAGCGUCGUUCGUUGAAGUUGAGAAGUCUUUUUACAAGAACAAGGGUAAGCUUCCUGACAUUGAAACCAUUCCUUUGGAUUGGUCUAAGGAAGAAGAUAAGAAUAAGAAGAAACCGACUUCACCUUCACUGGAUGGAUUGAACUUGGUGAAGCCAGUUCCUAAAGACGGAGUCAAGUUCGAAACUUCGGAUAAGCCUGUGGUGAAAAGACCAAACCUUUCUCUGAAGAAGCCAUUGGAGAAUGCUUCUCCAGUUGCUGCUGCUACUCCUCCGAAAAGGACGUUGCCUAAUGUCAUACUGAGAAAGCCGAGCUCGUAUUACGUGAAUAACGACGAGGAGGAUGAGUCUAAGCUGCGGUUGAAGCGGAACCUGACAUUGAAGAUGAGGAAUGAGAGGGAGAAUGAGAGGUUUAGUGACAUGACGCUGUUGCGAAAACCUGAACCAGUGAGUGUGAAUGCGGAGGAAGAUAAUAAGGUUCUAAGUGAUGAUGGAUUAACUACGGAGGAAGGAGUAGUAUACUCGGAGUAUACUCUUUUAGAGAAGCCAGAAGCGAGGCCUGAGACUGAGAACGUAGUAGACGAGGAAGCUGUGGAGUUGCCAGAGAUUGAAAAUGCGUCUGUUCCAACUGAAUUGCAGCUUAAGAGCGAUAUAUCAUCAGGAUCCUCUGAGGAGGAAACCAUUAGCAGUGAUCCAGUCGACAUAGCUCCCUCAAGUCCAGUUUCUCAAACAACCGUUGAAGCUUCUUUACAAGGGAAGCCACAAAGGUUAGACCCAUCUUCCGCAGAGCCAUCAGUUUCAGACAGAGGACAACCAUUAACCGUGAACCAAGAAAGCCGCCAGGUCUCUAUUGAGCUCAAGGGCCCUCCUUCUAGAUCUUCCUUGGAGGAAAGUGAUUGGAACAAGGCAGAGUCUCUAGUUAAGACAGAGCUACGAGCGGAUGUUGAGCUAAUAAGCUCGAGCGCCAGAGGAUUUGCUGUUUCCUAUGGAUCUUUGAUCGGAUUUUUACCUUACCGGAACCUAGCAGCAAAAUGGAAAUUCCUGGCGUUUGAAUCAUGGUUGAGAAGAAAAGGUGUAGAUCCAUCAUUGUAUCGACAAAACCUUGGAGUGAUUGGAGGUCAAGAUAUCACGAGCAAAGCUCCAUCUCCAGAUUCUUCAAGCUUAGUGGCUUCUGAAGUUGUUAAUGGAGAAGUUUCUUCUGAUAUGAAGCUUGAAGAUCUUCUUAUGGUGUAUGACAGAGAGAAGCAGAAGUUCCUGUCGUCUUUUGUUGGCCAGAAAAUCAAAGUGAAUGUGGUUAUGGCUAAUAGAAACUCAAGGAAGCUUAUAUUUUCGAUGAGGCCACGAGAAAAUGAGGAGGAAGUUGAGAAAAAACGAAAUCUGAUGGCUAAGCUUCGUGUUGGGGAUGUUGUGAAAUGCUGCAUCAGGAAAAUUACCUAUUUUGGUAUUUUCUGCGAGCUAGAAGGUGUUCCUGCAUUGAUUCACCAAUCAGAAGUUUCAUGGGAUGCAACUUUAGACCCUGCUUCAUAUUUCAAAAUCGGUCAGAUGGUGGAGGCGAAAGUGCACCAGCUAGAUUUUGCUCUUGAACGUAUCUUCUUGUCACUAAAAGAAAUCACGCCUGAUCCUCUAACAGAAGCCUUGGAAUCUGUAGUUGGUGACAAUGAUCAGUUGGGAAAGUUACAAGCUGCAGAGCUUGACGCUGAGUGGCCUGAUGUGGAAUCUCUAAUCAAAGAGAUGGAGAUGGUUGAAGGAAUCCAAUCUGUUUCAAAAGGUCGUUUCUUCUUGAGCCCUGGUCUUGCUCCAACGUUUCAGGUUUACAUGGCGCCAAUGUUUGAGAACCAAUACAAACUACUUGCCCGAGCUGGAAACAGAGUGCAAGAGCUAAUUGUGGAAGCAUCAUUGAGCAAAGAAGAGAUGAAAACUACAAUCAUGUCUUGCACAAACAGAGUAGAAUGAGAUAAUAUUUUGAGGAGAGAAUGAAUGAUUGCGCUGUUUUGUUUCAUUCUUCAAAGUGGUAUCACCCAAAGACUUGUGUAGUAAAUGUACAAGAACAGUAUAUGAUUUCUGGUGCACAAUUAAUUUUCUGAGUAUUUGUCA